UAUAUGUAUAUAUGUUGUUGUGAGUGCGCGACACUCACACAAACUCUACUUGUAAUAACGAGAAGGGUGUCGAGUGACACCUCGCGCGACGACACCGUCCGGCCUUGCUACCGGGCAUCGCACCGGCCUUCACACCGGACAUCACACCGAGCUACAUAUCCGGUUACUCAUUUUGCCACCCGAAAUCUCCUGAUUUCCGGUGGAAUGCGCCUAGCUAGCAAUUGCUGGCUAAGCUAGUGCACGGGCCAAAGGCCCGUGACCGCGAGUGACACCCCUUGGUAACAAGCCGAAAGGCUGAGUAUAUAAAGACCGCGGAAAGAGAACGAGUGGGCUCAUAAUCAAUAAUAAUAGCGACGAGUAUAUGUCGCUCGUCGAAACUACAAACUAGACGAAGUAACUCAUCUUUCGGGUUCGCUAACGAAAACUGUACAGGAAGAAUAAAUAUAUAUCUCUUAUUAUUAACUCUCGGCGUUAUCUCUUGGAAACCUGAUCCCGAGGAGUCAUCGGCAGCGGUCCCGCACUGUAUCCCGAGACCAGGGAUACAACAAAUUGGUGGCAGCGGUGGGAUUCACUGCCGAAAAAUACCGAAAAGGGAAAAAACGCUCCCUAACGGACUCAGCGCACAGAAGAAAACCGCCGAAGAGAAACAUUAAAGCCAGGGCGACAAUUCACCCGAGGCGCAACAAAGCCGACCUGCUGAUUCUCCGAGACAAGGAAGGAAGAUAGCAUCGGACAACAGCGAUAGCAGUGUUAUCUAAGACGACACCGACCUACCGCAACGUGACGCACCAGCCACAAGCAGCUGAGCGACGGACAACAUGCGGCGAUACAUCGCGGUAAUAUUUAUAAUCUGGGUGACGCUAAGUUCCGCAGAAGACCCGGACAUGAAGGCACCGUAUGAAAUAGAAAAAUUUACGCACCAUCCAGGGAUAUAUUUUGAAAAGCUAGGAGGAUUACAUCAGGUUGAAUCCUUCUGGAAAGUGGUCAUCAAGAUAGACGUGACGACACUAUCAAAACGACUCGCACAGGUAGAAAAAUACGUACGCAAAACGGAUAAUCUAUGCAAAAUGAUAGCAGUCAUAGGGAAAGAAACAUGCGAAAAUUUACACAGCGUUAUUGAAAAAGGGUGUGAAAGAACUAAUAAAUUAAUAGAACGCAUAAACUCAACAUACAAUACAAGAAUACACAAAAGAGGAUUAAUCGACGGGAUAGGAUCAGUCGCAAAAUCAUUGUUCGGUACGAUGGACGCAAACGAUGAAAAAUUAAUUAACGAACAACUAACGGUAUUACACGACUCACAGGAAUUAAACAAACACGCAAUAAAAAACCAAAUAAAAAUAAUGCAAGCCACUAUCGCUCACAUUGAUAACAGUGAAAGAACUAUCCGACAAAACGAAAAUACUCUCGCGGACGCGACAGACAAACUAAGAACAAAAUUAUUAGAAGACGAACGCCAAAGUAACUUACACGAAAAUUUUAUAAUAAUUAACGCGGUACUGUCUGAUCUAACACGCGACGCGGAAGACGUACUAGAAUAUUUAACGUUUUUAAAAGAAGGAAUUCUGCAUCCUCGGUUAACACCUAUAUCAAUAAUAAUAGAAUCACUUAAAGACGCUAGCUCGCAAUUGCCCGAAGGACUCUACUUCCCAUUCAGAAUAAAAGAGAAUGAAUGGUCGACAAUAGAGAAAUUUGCGACAGUAGGCGCAUACUGCGAUCAAAUAAAUAUAUAUACUAUUUUACGAUUCCCUCUAAUUUCGAUGCCAAAAUACGAAAUACUAAGUGUAAUUCCGCUACCUAUCCCAAGUCAGAACAACAUUUUUUCGUUCGUAGAAAUUAACAAUCCCCUGAUUGCAAUAGACACAGAACAGCGUACUUACAUAACCCUCGCAAAGAACGACCUGCGGAAAUGCAUAGAGAUAAAUACCGAAUACCUAUGCACGGAAAAUCACCCCGUAUAUCAAAUAAACCCAGACUCUAUCUGCGAGAUAAAAAUGUAUCUAGAAACGAAAGAUCAUUAUAAAAAUUGUAACAUAAAAAAUGCGACGUCGAACCACAGUCUUUGGAUAGCGUUAAGUAAUUCACACUCGUGGCUAUACUCGUCACCACGAAAGCAAGUAAUUACUCUACAUUGUAAAGACCAUGGAAAAAUAAAGGAAACAAUUGAAAAAGUAGGUAAAAUUACAUUAAAAAAUAACUGUAAGUUAGUGACAGAAAAUACAAUUAUAAGAUCACCCAAGAUGUCACAUGAGACAAGAGUAGAAUCAUAUCUCCCUCAGUAUAAUAUUUCACUACUACAGAAGCCUGGUUUAGAAAACGAUACAGGUCUCAAAGAAAUAAAAUUAAAAAAUAUUAUACCAAAUCCGACGGAAUUAAAAAAUUCCAAGGAUAAAUUAGAGGAGAUAGACAACGAACUAGAUAAAAAUUCAAGUUCGAUUUUUCAGUCGCCACACUUUAUUUUUCCAAUGGCGACAAGCGGAACAACAAUUGUAAUAAUAAUAAUAGCCGUAGUAAUAGGAUUUAUUAUAAUAAAAAAGAAAAAACGGAAUAACAAUAAGCGGGUGACAUUAGAUAUAGAUACAGAAUAUACGAUACCGAGAUCUAUCCUAAAACGAAGCAACAGCACACGUUUCUAACACAAAAAACAUAUAUAUAUAUAUAUAUGUAUAUAUAUGUAAUAGUAAUUAACAACUAUAUGUAAUAGUAAUUAUUAUAUAUAUCAUAUACAAUUUGAUCCAUUAUUUCCUGCGGGAAAAAACGUGGCAUUAGUUUGCACAGCUCUACGUCUCGGAUUAACAAAAUUAGACCCAUAUAUCACACGAUAUAUCGCGUUACACCGGAACCAAAGAAUCAAAAAACUUAUUUCUGCAAAUUUCGCUCACACACCGGAUGUGCAUAGCUGAAUUGACUAUGACCAUAUAUGGCCCGAUUUAGGGAAUUACACCCCACCACUUCCAUUCCUACGAGACUAUAAAAACUGACGACCCAAUCGAGCCCUAAAGACUCGAUACUGUCGUUACGAUAAACAAAGUUCAAGCUCAAGAACAACAGCAGCAGCCAGGCGGAACCAGCCCCGCAAAUUACCCCGGUGACAUAGAGUUUACAACACACACACCAACUCCAAGGACAGGAUGAAAAUUCCUGUGGAAUUUGAACUCAGUCAGCCCAUCGAUGGAGUGCGCCCAUUGGACCACCCAGAAAGAUACGAAAGACUUCUACGAAGCAUCUGCCUCCAACCAACAGAGAGAUGUCUAGUGGAAACAGAGUUUCCUUGGAGAAGAUGGUGCCGAAGCUGUUAUCGCCAACGAUACCGGCUUUAUUGCACCAUACGAGAUCCAUCGGCACACGGAUACCGGACGCAGCUCUCACCUGACGAACAUUGGGAAACGAUCACCGAGUGUUUCAAAUGCGGAAAAGUGUUAAUGAACGUGUGCCCUGCCAGAAACUGCCGGAAGUGCAUCGAGAUAUUCCUCGACGAAGAAGAGGCCGUAAACGAGACCCUGGACAUGAACAUGUUCAGUUUUGAAAGAUUUUAAAACCUGUGUGUACGCGAAUCUGAGAACGAGCAAUACCAGCUACAAAUGGUAUGUAAUUAUUAGUAUAAAACAAUAAAGAAAUAGCGAUUAGUAUAUAGUUUUUCACUAAGGAAAAGCGAUAAGAUAGCGUAAACUAUUAGUUGCGAAAACUCAGCCCCUCGUUUUCUUUCCAAUAAGGGGGAGGGAUGUUGUGAGUGCGCGACACUCACACAAACUCUACUUGUAAUAACGAGAAGGGUGUCGAGUGACACCUCGCGCGACGACACCGUCCGGCCUUGCUACCGGGCAUCGCACCGGCCUUCACACCGGACAUCACACCGAGCUACAUAUCCGGUUACUCAUUUUGCCACCCGAAAUCUCCUGAUUUCCGGUGGAAUGCGCCUAGCUAGCAAUUGCUGGCUAAGCUAGUGCACGGGCCAAAGGCCCGUGACCGCGAGUGACACCCCUUGGUAACAAGCCGAAAGGCUGAGUAUAUAAAGACCGCGGAAAGAGAACGAGUGGGCUCAUAAUCAAUAAUAAUAGCGACGAGUAUAUGUCGCUCGUCGAAACUACAAACUAGACGAAGUAACUCAUCUUUCGGGUUCGCUAACGAAAACUGUACAGGAAGAAUAAAUAUAUAUCUCUUAUUAUUAA